AUGAAGAAUAAAGAAACUCAGGUUGACGACCUGUUGAAACAAGAAUCGUACAAAGUCCUAGAAGUCCAGGCCAAUGUGACUGUAGGCGAAUUGAAAAAGGCCUAUUACAGGCUGGCGAAACGCUUUCAUCCGGAUAAAAAUCCGGAUAGUGUCUCAGCAGCUCAUCAUUUCGUCCGCAUAAAUACCGCUUAUCAGACACUUCGAUCAGGACUGAGGGCGGGUGAUGUGACGGAUUGGAUGAGCAGCACGAAAAAUGAUCAAUUCGAAGAUUCACAAGGUGGACAAACGAAUCCAACUCCCAAAUCAGCUGGGGACGCAAAUAGGAUGUACAAAGAUGCAUCGUUAGACGAACUUCUCACGCGGAUCUUCGGGCAGAGUUUUCAAACAUCGACAACUAAAACGUCUCAGAAACAAAAGGAUCCUUUGCUUGCGCUUCGUGCCUUCGCAGUAGAACCAGAUGUGGAAGAAAUGUGUAACAUUGGAGAAGAUGUAACUGGGGUAGAUUCUGGUUAG